UAAAAGAGGGGCGAUCAUAUGAAUUGGAACUCCCUCGUCCUCCUCUCGCCCUGAUCUGCACUAUCCGUAGGUUUGUAAGCGUUAGAGAGAGAGAGAGAGAGGAUGGGAGAUAAGGCGGAGGUUUUGGAGGCAGUUCUCAAGGAAGCUGUGGAUUUGGAGAACAUACCGAUUGAAGAGGUGUUUGAGAAUCUAAGAUGUAGCAAGGAGGGUCUGACGACUGAGGCUACUCAGGAGAGGUUGUCCAUCUUCGGCCACAACAAGCUUGAAGAGAAGAAGGAGAGCAAGUUCUUGAAGUUUUUGGGGUUUAUGUGGAACCCGCUAUCAUGGGUCAUGGAAGCCGCUGCGAUCAUGGCCAUUGCUCUUGCGAACGGAGGAGGAAAGCCUCCAGAUUGGCAGGAUUUUGUUGGUAUUAUAACCCUUCUUGUGAUCAAUUCGACAAUCAGUUUCAUUGAAGAGAAUAACGCUGGGAAUGCUGCUGCGGCCCUGAUGGCCCGUCUUGCUCCCAAAGCUAAGGUUCUCAGGGAUGGGAGGUGGAGUGAGGAAGAUGCGGCUGUUCUUGUCCCGGGGGACAUUAUCAGUAUCAAGCUCGGGGAUAUCGUUCCUGCAGAUGCCCGUCUACUUGAUGGUGAUCCGUUGAAAAUCGAUCAGUCUGCCCUUACUGGAGAGUCCCUGCCCGUGACCAAAGGCCCUGGCGAUGGUGUCUAUUCUGGUUCCACAUGCAAGCAAGGAGAGAUCGAAGCCAUUGUUAUUGCCACUGGUGUGCAUACCUUUUUCGGCAAGGCUGCUCACCUUGUAGACAGCACCAACCAAGUCGGCCAUUUCCAGAAGGUCUUGACUGCAAUCGGGAACUUCUGUAUAUGUUCGAUUGCUGUGGGAAUGGUAAUUGAGAUUGUUGUCAUGUAUCCUAUUCAAGACCGGAAGUAUCGUCCAGGAAUUGACAAUCUUCUGGUCCUUCUCAUUGGAGGAAUUCCGAUUGCCAUGCCCACAGUUCUCUCCGUGACAAUGGCAAUUGGAUCUCAUCGUUUGUCUCAGCAGGGGGCUAUCACGAAAAGGAUGACUGCCAUCGAGGAAAUGGCUGGAAUGGAUGUUCUUUGCAGUGACAAAACGGGAACUCUAACUUUGAACAAACUCACAGUUGACAAGAAUCUUAUUGAGGUUUUUGCAAAAGGUGUAGACCAGGGCACUGUCAUUCUAAUGGCUGCCAGAGCUUCCAGAACUGAAAACCAAGAUGCCAUCGACACUGCUAUUGUUGGGAUGCUAGCCGACCCAAAAGAGGCACGGGCUGGUGUUCAAGAGAUCCAUUUCCUUCCUUUUAACCCGACUGAUAAACGGACAGCUCUAACUUACAUCGACAGUGAAGGGAAAAUGCAUCGUGUUAGUAAAGGUGCACCAGAGCAGAUUUUGAACCUUGCACACAAUAGGUCUGACAUAGAGCGUAGAGUUCAUGCUGUGAUUGACAAGUUUGCGGAGCGAGGGCUUCGAUCCCUUGCAGUUGCCUACCAGGAGGUUCCAGAGGGUAGGAAAGAUAGUCCAGGAGGUCCAUGGCAAUUCAUUGGUCUCAUGCCUCUUUUUGAUCCUCCUCGACAUGACAGUGCAGAAACAAUCAGGAGGGCACUAAACCUUGGUGUGAAUGUUAAAAUGAUCACAGGUGAUCAACUAGCUAUAGGAAAGGAAACCGGUCGCCGUCUGGGAAUGGGCACCAACAUGUACCCUUCAUCAGCUUUGCUAGGACAGAACAAGGACGAGUCAAUUGUUGCUUUGCCAAUUGAUGAGCUGAUAGAGAAGGCCGAUGGUUUUGCUGGUGUUUUCCCUGAGCACAAAUACGAGAUUGUUAAACGUCUGCAAGCAAGGAAACAUAUAUGUGGAAUGACUGGUGAUGGAGUUAAUGAUGCUCCUGCUCUUAAGAAGGCUGACAUUGGGAUAGCCGUUGCAGACGCAACUGAUGCAGCUCGCAGUGCUUCUGACAUUGUCCUUACAGAACCUGGCCUGAGUGUCAUCAUUAGUGCCGUGCUGACGAGUCGUGCAAUCUUUCAGAGGAUGAAAAAUUACACAAUUUAUGCAGUGUCUAUUACAAUUCGUAUUGUGCUUGGUUUCAUGCUGCUGGCUCUCAUAUGGAAGUUCGACUUUCCACCCUUCAUGGUUCUCAUCAUCGCCAUCCUGAAUGAUGGUACCAUAAUGACAAUAUCCAAGGAUAGGGUGAAGCCUUCUCCUCUUCCAGACAGCUGGAAGCUAGCAGAGAUCUUUGCAACUGGCAUCAUUCUGGGAAGUUACUUGGCGAUGAUGACUGUGAUUUUCUUCUGGGCUGCCUACAAAACUGAUUUCUUCCCGAGAAUAUUUCAUGUUUCAAGCCUUCAGAAAGAAGCUCAUGAUGACAUCAAAAAGCUUGCUUCGGCAAUAUACCUGCAAGUGAGUACCAUCAGCCAGGCUCUCAUAUUUGUGACGAGAUCACGGAGCUGGUCCUUUAUCGAGCGCCCCGGUUUGUUGUUGGUAGUAGCUUUCUUGGUUGCUCAGCUGAUUGCUACACUGAUUGCCGUGUACGCAAACUGGGGUUUUGCUGCUAUUGAAGGGAUUGGCUGGGGUUGGGCCGGUGUUAUUUGGCUCUACAAUAUCAUCUUCUACUUUCCGCUUGAUUUCAUCAAGUUCAUAAUUCGCUACGCACUGAGUGGGAAGGCGUGGGAUCUUGUCAUCGAGCAAAGGAUUGCCUUCACUAGGCAGAAGGAUUUCGGAAAGGAGGCGAGGGAGCUUAAGUGGGCCCAUGCUCAAAGAACACUGCAUGGCCUGCAUCCUCCAGAUACCAAGAUGUUCAAUGAGAGGACCAAUUUCACGGAUCUUAAUCAGAUGGCAGAAGAGGCUAGAAGGCGAGCUGAGAUUGCAAGGCUGAGAGAAUUACACACCCUGAAAGGGCACGUGGAGUCGGUGGUGAGACUGAAGGGUCUUGACAUAGACACCAUCCAGCAAGCCUACACUGUCUGAAGAGCCGAAAGGGGAAAAAAAAGGUGUGAGCAGAAGGGGAAAGAGAAGGGGUCCAUACGCCAUCAGAUGUUUUUUUUUAUAUUCAUCAACCCCAUAUGCAUGUGAACAAUGACCCUUGGGUGCUGCGAGUGAGAGUAAAUGUAUUGGGGCAUGUAAUGAUAGCCCGACGCAUUCUGCAUAUUUAUAAGCGGGUAGUUUUAUUUUUUUUAAAUCUCGUUUAUAUUA